AUGGAAAAUGAAUCUUUCAACCCACUGUCGCUGUUAGACAAAAAUCAGCCAUUCGAUGCGGAGAAAUUGAAGCUGCUGGACAAUGUAGUAGAGGCUCUGUUAGAUACAAAGGAUAAGAACAGAAGAGACUUUGCACAGAAUCUGUUGAACCAGUUUAAGAUGUUAGACAAUUCAUGGAGAUCCGUAUCCAUCAUUUUGGAACACAGCGAAAAUGUAAACACAAAGUUUUAUGGUCUCCAAAUAUUGGAAGAGUGUAUAAACAACAAGUGGAAUAUAUUACCUGGAGAGGAAAGAGAAGGAAUGAAGAAUUUCAUAGCGUGUUACACGAUAACCUUAUCGACAGAGGGAACGACGGUAGGGGUGGACAGACAUUUGUUAAACAAGUUGGACGAGACGUUAAUUCAGAUAGUGAAGAAGGAAUGGCCUGAUUCGUGGUCUAGUUUCAUUCCAGAUAUUGUAAAUUCAGCAAAGCUAAAUCAGAAUGUAUGUGAAAAUAAUAUGAAGUUGUUAAACAUGUUAAGUGAAGAGGUAUUCGAGUUUGGAAAUGAAACUUUAGUAAAAAAAAAAGAAAAAUUAAGAAAUGAAUAUGCUAGCCAAUUCCAAGAAGUGUAUAAUUUAUGUUUGUACAUUUUGGAAGCAAACGUAUACAACAAGAGAAGCACAAACACGUCACUAAUUAAACAAACGUUAAACUGUUUGUCGAAUUUUUUUAAAUGGAUUCCAUUAACUUAUAUUUUUGAUAAGUACAAAUUUAAUGAUACGAAUAUACAGAUUAUUGAUCUCCUCUUUGACCACUUCUGGGAUGAUAUUUCAUAUAAAAUUGAGUGUGUAAAAUGCAUACAAGAAAUAGUGAUGCUAAAAAUUGAUGAGAAAAAUAUCAUUUACUUCGAUAACGUGUUUAUCAACUUGUGGUCAAAGUUGGUCGCAAAAAUUAAGUUGUUGCCAAAUGCUAAUGAAAUGAAAAAUAUACCUCCAGAGUUAAAAAUAUUUUGGGAGCAAUACUUUUUGCAAUUGAGUAUAUGCAUUACAAGCUUUUUGCGUAAUUAUAGAGAAAAGAUUGUCGAAAAGAACAACAACACGAAUGAUGUGAAUAUCGUUUUUAAGUUUUUAAACAUGCUAGCCAAUAGCAACAUGGAAGAGGUUUUCCUCAUCAUCAUCGAUUAUUAUAAUGUCUUCACGGAACAGCUCAUUAGGGAAUUGAUCACGAGGUUGGAGCAGGAGCAUAACUUGAAAGGUAAAGGUGGAGCAAAUGUACCAGGUGCACCGAGUUCGUCGAAUGACUUGAAGAAUUCGCUGGGCACAUCUUCCAUCAAUAUGUCUAUGAAUUUGGAGACAUCCUCCCUAGGCAACAGGAAGGCGUACAGCUUUGCCACUAUGAAUUAUAACUCGAGUCUUAUUGGAAACAACGGGAUUAGCGGAGGGGGAAGCAGUAUCAUCAACAUUAAUGAAUAUUCGUCUAUUUUGGAUAAAAUUGAUUUAACCCCAGGGGAUAUCAAAAAGAUGUGCCCGCGGAUUAAGCUAUACGAAUUUAUUCUGAACGAUAUAAGGAAGACUGUCAUCGAGAAAAUGGCGAAGCCACAGGAAAUCUACAUUUCUUAUGACAACGAAACGGGGGAAGUGGUCCGAGAUUUUGAACCAGACACGACAGAAAUUGCCUUGUAUAACACGAUGAAGACGACCCUGGUAUACCUGACCUACUUGGGGUCUGAAAAAACCAUGGAACUGAUCGUGGAGUUGCUAAACAAAGAAUCGGAGAAGUCGCUAAAGAAUACUAACAAAAAUGAAGUGUGGAACAGCACGAAGACCAACCGAAUCAGUUACGCAGUGGGUUCCAUCUCCAUGUGUAUGACUCUCAAAAAGGAACAAGACUUCUUAAUGUACAUACUGAGGAUAUACUUACACAUGAUAGAGGUUAAAAAUGGGGAAGAAAACAGAGCCAUUUUGGCCUCUUGCGUUAUGUACAUUGUGAGUCAAUACCAUCGAUUUUUGAAGCUCCACUGGAGAUUUCUAAAAACGGUGAUGAAAAAAUUGUUCGAGUUUGCAGAGAAUGAAAAGGUACAGGACAUGGCAGCGGAAACGAUUUUGAAAAUUUGCAAGCAAUGCAAAAAUGUUAUAGCGAAGAAUAAUCAUACCAAUGAUAAUAAUGAGUCGUUUUUUAAUACAUUCAUUAAAUUUCAUAACAACAUAAUGCAUAAGUUGCCAGAAAAAUUGAACUUGUUACUUUAUGAAGCCAUCGCGCACGUCAUUUCGUGUUUUCCGUAUGAGGAGAAGCAGGAGAGUAUAAAAAUUUUGAUGAGCAAAUUGAUGAAUCUGUGGAACUCGUUAAUUUAUGCGAAUAACGGGAUUAAAGAUAUGAAUGACCCCAACCUUUUAAACAGUAACGGGGCUAAUGGGGAUGCCAUUAAUGACAUGAAGAAUUUGGAGCAUUUGUGCACAUAUGAGAACUCCAAACUUAUUAUCACCUUUGUGAGGGUUAAUUGCAGAUUGGCCUAUGCGCUGUCCUACUUUUACUACGAGCAGUUAAAUUUAGUUUUCCUGGACUUUUUAAAAAUAUAUCAGCUGUAUAGCAAGUUUAUAAAUUUGGAAGUGGAGACAAAUGGGACGAAACGCAUAAGGCAUGCUCAGUUUAGAAAUUUAUUUUUAAUGAAGAGAGAGUUCCUACACCUGAUAGAAACCACCAUUGAGAGGAGUUGCUACAACAUACAGGAAUUAGAAGCGGAGUUGUUAAAAAGGGAACAGAAAAAAUUGAAAAAUGAAAUUGACGAAUCGAUGGAUGUACAUCUCCCAACAGUGGAGGAAGCCAAGCAAAUAAAUUUUCAAAUGACCAGUAACAUACUAAACGUGUUGCUAGAAACCAUUUUGGUAGAUUAUCGAGAUAGUAAUCCCCACAUAAAAGAUGCUGAAGUGUUUUCUCUGCUCUCAACAGUUUUUAAAAAAAUUGAAAAUGUCACAUGUCCAAUUUUGCCUACCGUAUUAAACUAUGUGUUAUUACCAACCAUUGACAUGAUAAAGAAUGAUUUCUCAUCCUAUCCGGAACAUCGGGAAAAAUUUUACAACUUUUUAGAUGCCUGUGUCAGACAUUGUUUUGAUUAUUUGUUCACCCUAGAUUCGGAAAUAUUUAAUACAUUCAUUCAGUCCCUUUUGUGGGCAAUUAAGCAUGAGCAUCCCUCAGUUGCGGACCACGGGUUGAGAAUAACUCACCAGUUUUUACAUAACAUUAUUAUAAAGAAGAAGGAAUAUUUGGAAGAAUUUUGUAAAGCGUUUUACUACAUAAUUUUGAAUGAAGUUUUUAAAACGUUAACCGAUUCAUUUCACAAGUCGGGGUUUCAUUACCAGACGAUUAUCCUUAUGAACAUGCUACGCCUUCUGGAGUUUGAGGUGGUGAACCUUCCGGAUGCAGAGAUUACCAAAGCGCACAUAGUGAAGCACGUGCAGACGUUUUUGACGCAGUCCUUUGAGAAUUUGAACCAGAAGCAGAUUGAGACCUUUUCCGUGGACUUGUUUAACUUUUGCGUGGAGUCCCCCCCGGCGUUUAGGUCCUUCGUCCGGGACUUGCUGAUAUCGUUAAAGGAAUUUUCGACCAACCAAGAUGAGCUAUACGAGGCCGACCGACAGGAAGCGCUGCAGAGAGCUAAGCUGGCAGAAGAUAACAAACUUAUAAAGUUGAGAGGAUUAAUGAAGGAAGACGUGCCAAGCUUUUCAGCCAUCGACGUGGAUGACGAGUGUAUAAAUGUGGAAUAG